AUGGCUGAGAAAAAACAAGAGUUAGAAAAAGAGACUUCAGAGUUAGAAAAGAGACUUCAGGAUGUAACUGGUCAACUUGGAACUGCCAAGAAACAAAACAAAAAGGAAAAGGUGCUUAUAUUACAUUUUUAUUUUCAAAUUACAUCGAUACGUAUUUGCUAUAAUGAUCAUAUGUUGAGUCGCGACGAAACCGGUAAAGCUGAUGCCGUCCCCUCGGCUGCUGGACGACUGUCUUCAAGCAGUUCUUCAUCGGACAGUUCAAUGUCGUCCAGUUCAUCAGAUUCGAGUUCUUCAGACUCUUCCGAUAGCGAAGCAGGUGGCACCAAAUCUAGGAAAAAAACCAAAAAGACUGAUACAUCGCCUGUUACAAAUCCUGCUGUACCGAAAUCGACUGUGACUACUGCUUCAAUUAGUGUGCAGAAUGCAAUAAGUAAACCAGUAGUGGCUCCUGCAAUUACAUCGACUCCUUUAUGUAAUGUGACAACCACUGACAAUACUGUUACUUCAAUAACUAAACCAGUUCAAAAUACUGGUAUAACGACAAAUAUGCCAAUUGCAAACUCUAAUAAUAAUGGACCAAUUUUGCCAGAUGAAUUGAUAUCAACCCCCGAAGUUAUUAAACCUGUAAUGGCUAAUCCAGCUAUGACUCAACCUAUCAUGCCUAUUACAUCGCAACAGAGUUUGAACACCAUAACCCAGAAUGAAUUAGUCAAAACUACAUCUGCUAUUCAACAACCAUCUAUUCAAAGCAGAAUGAAUGUAAUGAACAAUACAAUGCCUAAUAUGAAUUCGCAAAUGAAUGAUAUGAUGCAUAACAAUAAUUUAUUGAAUAGUUCUGUUGGUAUGCAACAAAAUCGGAGUUUAGGCAGUAUGGCAAUGCCUCAACUUAAACCACCUUCUCCUCAAUCCCAGUUCAUGAUUGAUCCCUUAGAGCAUUCUUUGGCCAGUCUUGAACAAAGUUUAGGCAAAAGAGAUAUGGUGCAGCCUAAUUUUUCACAUAUGAUCCCUGGGAACAUGCAUAAUGUCAUGGCUGAUAUGGCAGGUCAUAACUCGGUUAUGCACAGUUUAGAUAUGGAAAUUACCCAGAAUAUACCAGCAAUCAAACAGGAUUCUUAUAUGAUUGGUUCUAGUAACAAUGGAUUUGGAAUGAUGAAAACAGAUAUGGAUAUGCAAAUGAGUAAUGGAAUGAAUAUGAUGAAUGUCAACAAUAUGAAUAAUAUUAACAUGCAUAACUCUAUGCCACCAACAUCCUUGUUCGAUCAAUUACCAAUGACAACCCAACAACAGCAUAUGAUGGCAAGACAGCAACAUUUGCCAAUUUCUAAUCAUAACAUUAUGAAAAAAGAAGAAAAGGUCAUUUUGACACCAAAACCAAUUGAGGAUUUAAUGGGAGUUCCUAAUAAUAUAAAUUCCAUGAGUCAUGAGAAAAAGCAAACACCACCAGAACAGAAAAACUCUGUAACAAAUUUUGUACAAGCAUUCAAACCAAAGCAAGAACAAAAUGUUAAAAAUGCUAGUUCAUGGUCUUCCAUAGGAUUGAGUCAAUCACAAUCUAAUUCGCCUCAAAAUUCACAAGGAUCAAAACCUAAGACACAUUCAGAUACAUUUUUGGCAUUUAAAAACAAAGCGAAAGAUAGACAAAAGGCUUUGCAGCAGCAACAAAGAGCAAUGGAAAAAUUAAGAGAGAAAGAAGCAUCUGAAACACCAGAUAAGUCAAACCCCAUUAUGCUCAGGAAAGCAGGACCCCCUAUUGGGGCUGGACCUACACCUAUAACUCCUGCCCCACCAGGCCGAGUUGAUGACCUAGUGCAUUCACCUGCAAGUGGUGUAAAGGGUUCCCCAAAUAAUCAACUGCCCAAUAUUAUUUCUAACACUAGCCAGUCUUCACAUAAUGAUGCUGCAGAGAGAGACAAAGUUGCUAGGGAGCGUGAACGAGAGAAAGCAAAGAGACAGAGAGAAGCUUUGGCUAAUCAAAUUGAUAUGAAUAUGCAGAGUGAUUUAAUGGCAGCCUUUGAAGAAUCUUUAUAAUGUGUUACUAUAAAAUAGUUUUGAAGACUUACAUUAAAAAGUAGUGCAAAUAUGGAUGUAUCCAGUGAAGUGGUAUAUAUAUAUAUACAAAAAACAUUGAGUUAUAAUUUUAGCUUAUUUAUACUGGCUGAGAAUGGCAGUAAGAGGUAAAUGAACCUGAUGUAAAUGUGAACCUGAACAAUAAUAAAGUUAAUAUACUUCUUUUAUACGUAUUUACAAUAAUGACAUGUGCACACGCCCUUUCUAUGUGAGUACCGAAAAUAAUUCUGUUAUUACUUAUUGAAUAGAAAAAUUAUGUAAAAAAUGUAUGUUAACUCAAAAAAAAUAUUCAUUAGAAAAUAAGUUUUGAAAAGUUUGGUAUUGUGCAGGAAUAUACUUUAUGCAACA